GAAACCGCCAUUGCUGGCGUCUUGCCAUUGUUCCCCACGGUGCGUGUCAAAAUUCAACACCGCCGUCUCGAAGAACCUCUUUGAUUCCGAGCAGCGGCGGGAAGGGGAAGAGGAGGAGGAGCGAGAUGGGGCAGCCGAGCAAGGAGCCGUGCAAGAAGGAGGCGUGCGACAUCCAGGCCUGCCUCUCCAAGAACCUCUUCGAUUCCAAGAAGUGUUUGAGAGUUAUUCAGUCACUAAAGUAUUGUUGUGAGCAAUGCGAGUACAAAUCAACACAUUGUGGUUCUUUGACCGAUUUACUGAAGAACAUUUCAAAGUGAUGUAACAAGACCACCAUGUUUUCUGUAGCCAUUUAAUAAAGGUCAUUGUAGGUUUGCUUAGGAGUUAAGCUGGAUAUCAGUUUCUCUUAUCAUCCAUCAUGGUACAGUAUAAUCUGGAUACAUCGGUGUACUUCGCAUAGUGGAUCCUGUUGACCUAAGCCUACCAUAUUGAGUUUCAGUUUCGGUGCUGUUAUGAUAGGAAGCCACAUGCUCAUCUGUUUGAUUGGCUGAGUUAUUAUUAUUAUUCCUACUUGCAGUAUGACUCUUGGGAAAAUAUAAUGCGGCGAUCCUCAACCUGCAGAAUGAUGCUCUGGUUGCUAAGUCGUUCUUUCUGAGUUUGUCAACAGAUGGGCAUUUUCUGAGUUUGUCAGAUGGGCAUUUUUUUUUAAUGGAUACUGGAUCCUGUAUAUGCUUAUGUGCACAUGUAAUCCAGUGCCCCCUUCAGAAAAACAAGCGAACCCCUGACUUUCCUGUAUAUCUGUCCACAUACUGGAAAUGUUUUGAGUGUCAUUUGCAAUGGUCACCCUGCAUGUUCCAUGUUAAGAAAAACAAAGUUUGGAUGAAACACAA